UAAGUUUCCACUCUAUAUUUAUAUAGCUCAUUGUUAUACUUCAUUGUACUCUAACCUCUAUAAGCGUGAGACGCCGACUAAAUACAAUUGUUUAGUACACAAAAAGUACUAUUAAAUAUAAUAUAAUAAUUAUAUCAUUGUUUUUAAAAAUUAAACUUUGACAAUGGAUAUUAGGCCAAAUAAUACAAUUUAUAUCAAUAAUUUAAAUGAAAAAAUAAAAAAGGAUGAAUUAAAAAAAUCCUUAUAUGCAAUUUUUUCUCAAUUUGGUCAAAUAUUGGAUAUUGUAGCUCUAAAAACAUUAAAAAUGCGUGGACAAGCGUUUGUUAUUUUUAAGGAAAUUGCUAGUGCCACAAAUGCUUUACGAUCAAUGCAAGGAUUCCCAUUUUAUGACAAACCAAUGAGGAUACAAUAUGCAAAAACAGAUAGUGAUAUUAUUGCAAAAAUGAAAGGCACAUAUGCAGAACGGCCUAAAAAACCAAAACGAGUUGUACCUGCAGCUGAUGAAGAAGCUAAACGUGCUAAGAAACGUGCUAAAGAACAAGCUAAACAUUCACAACAAAUUGGUUAUCAUACUGGUGUACAACAACAUCCAGGUUUAGUCAAUACAGCUGUACCUGAACAACCACCAAAUCAAAUUCUAUUCCUAACAAAUCUACCAGAUGAAACCAGUGAAAUGAUGUUAUCAAUGCUUUUUAAUCAAUUUCCUGGUUUUAAAGAAGUACGUUUAGUACCAAAUAGACAUGACAUUGCAUUUGUUGAAUUUGAGAAUGAAGUACAAUCAGGAGCUGCAAAAGAUGCUUUACAAGGAUUUAAAAUUACACCUUCUCAUGCAAUGAAAAUAUCAUUUGCAAAAAAAUAAAAUAUAGUAUGGUUUGUAUGAAAAUAUUGUUAACAAAUGGAAAAAUGUGUGUGUGUUGAAAUAAUCUUAUUUAGAAAUUUAUAAAAAUACAUAUAAAUGUAAUUAAAGAUUUUUUCGGACGAAAAUUUAUAAAUAUAAGUUAAAAAUAUGCUAUAUAGAUUCAAGAAUCACAUGUGUACAAAAUUUUACAUAAUGUAUACAUAUAAAUCAAACUUCACACUGUAAAUAGUAAUUAAAAAAAUAUAUGUCAUUUUUUCAGCAAUA